AUCUAACUAUUGUCUGGUGGAAGCCAGCAAUUUAACAUGUUCUCAACAAUUGAAGGCCAGCCUACCGUCGCAGAGGCGGCGAUGCAAAUGAGUUUUUCAAUUGAAUCAAAUCCUGGCAACGAGUUGCAAACGUCAUCUGCUAAUGGAAGGCCACGUCGUGAAUUACCACAGGAUUUUUUUGCGCAAUCUGAUGUGUCAGACAUGGCUGCUCGCCAAGACAUUGCUUUUUCAAUGGGAGUUGGACGGAUUCGGGCACCUCAAUUUCCACAAAGAGUUCUUCAGGUAGCUGCUCAGCCAUCUAGGAGUCGAAAUCCAUUUGAUGAUGAUGACACCCCAUCCGCGCCGUUUAAUAUGGGCUCCUUGCAAGCAGAACUGCCUCAAUUAAGUGAGCCUCUCUCUGGUGCAGCUUCUCAAUGGGGUCAGCCAAUACUUCAAUUUCAACCAUCCGCAGCUUCAGCGAAUGCAUUUGGAUAUGGGAUGCAAUCAAUCAGUAACAUUCACCACUGUCUUGAAUGCAGUCAAAACGGGCAACCCAGUGGCUUAGCCCAAAAUCAAUGUUUCAACCAAGGUGCUAUGUAUGGGAGUUCUCCUUUUUACUCGCAAACCGCUGGGACCAACCCUUUUGGUUAACUCUAGAAACAACUCUCGUUACUCACAUUGUCGACAUAGAUAGCUAGUGGAAACCUUUCAUGCAAGGUGUGGGCGUAGUUGUUCAGUGGACACUAUCCAGGGAGCCACAUGUCUCUAGGACUGCUGGUUAUGUCAGUUGCUGAUCUUUGGAGGACUUGUACAUGGAGGGCAACCAACCUUUACCUUCUUUGGCGUAUUUUUAACUUUAGACCUGCUUAGGCUAGCCGGGAUGUGUUUGCAGGAGGAUGUAUCAGCAGUACAAUAAUAGAACGUUGAUUGUACAGCUUCAUCAAUGUAGCCUCAUCACAUUCCCCUUCACAUUUUGUAACAAUUUGAAUUUUAAAAUUUAAUUCUACGUUUCCAUAAUUUAACCAGAAA